ACAUAAACUAAAUGCUGUACAGGGUCUGAUUCUACAGUACCAGGUCUAUCUGAGAACUAAAGAAAGACAGAAUCAAUCUGGAAGUGGCUCAAACGCUUUCAGUGUUUGACUAAAUCCCCUCAGAGAGAGUUAAAGUUGCUGAUGGAGAACCCAGGGUUUGACAAAUCUAAAGAUGAUCCUCCACAGUACGAGGAGACGUCUUUCUCCAGCAACGGUUUCAAAAACGGUGAGCAUCGAGAUGCCCGGCCGUCUGUGCUCAGCGCUUUUGGACACAACACUCUGGACCGUGUGCCAAAUAUCAACUUCUAUCGUAACGCUGCAAGCAUCAGUGGACACCGAUUGGUGAGACCUUCGAUACAGCAGCUGCAUGAUGUUUUUCAGAGGAAUGAAGAUCUUCAGAGCACUUCUGAGGACAGAGAAGCGGGCGACACCUCAACACUGGGUGAUGUGGAGUCUAUUAUCCCACUGGAGGGCAAGGAUGAAGGAGGGGUGGUUAAAUUCGGUUGGAUCAAAGGAGUUCUAGUCAGAUGCAUGCUGAAUAUCUGGGGUGUAAUGCUCUUCAUACGGCUCUCAUGGGUGUUUGGACAAGCAGGAAUAGGUUUGGGGAUGGUGGUUGUCUUACUGAGUAUGGUGGUCACCAGUGUCACCUGUCUGUCAAUGUCCGCUAUAUGUACCAAUGGUGUAGUACGAGGAGGUGGAGCAUAUUACCUCAUAUCCCGCAGUCUGGGCCCAGAAUUCGGUGGCUCCAUCGGUCUGAUCUUUGCGUUUGCUAAUGCUGUUGCUGUGGCAAUGUAUGUGGUGGGAUUUGCCGAAACAGUGGUGGAUCUGCUCAAGGAAAAUAACGCCAUCAUAGUGGAUCCAACGAAUGACAUCAGAAUUGUUGGCUGUAUUACUGUAGUUCUGCUGCUGGGCAUCACUGCUGCAGGAAUGGAAUGGGAGGCAAAGGCUCAGAUUGUUUUGUUGGUAAUCUUGCUGGUGGCAAUCGUCAAUGUGUUUGUGGGAACCGUGAUUCCAUCGACGCAAGACAAACGUUCCAAAGGCUUCUUCAACUAUCGAGAAUCCAUUGCAAAGGAGAACUUUGUCCCGGACUUCCGUAGUGGAGAAAAUUUCUUCUCUGUCUUUGCCAUAUUUUUCCCUGCAGCCACUGGAAUUCUGGCCGGAGCAAACAUUUCUGGAGAUCUGGAGGACCCUCAAGAUGCCAUUCCCAAAGGCACACUGCUCGCCAUCUUCAUAACAGGAAUUACGUAUCUGGGCAUCGCACUGUGUGUUUCUGUCACAGUCGUUCGAGAUGCAACUGGUCUCCAUAACCAAACGAUUGCACCAGGAGCGAGUUGUAAUUUCUCCUCAGCCUGUGACUUUGGCUACGACUUCUCUAUCUGUCAGACCACCGAAUGCAACUAUGGCCUGAUGAACAACUUUCAGGUCAUGACCCUGGUGUCUGGAUUCGGUCCUCUCAUUACAGCAGGAACAUUUUCCGCCACUCUCUCCUCGGCUCUUGCGUCUCUCGUGAGUGCACCCAAAGUCUUCCAGGCUCUGUGUAAAGACAACAUCUACACAGGUCUGCAUUUCUUUGCCAAAGGUCACGGAAAAAACAACGAGCCAAUCAGAGGCUACUUCCUGACCUUCAUCAUCGCAGUGGCGUUCAUCCUCAUUGCUGAGCUCAACACUAUCGCUCCAAUCAUUUCCAACUUCUUCCUGGCCUCAUAUGCACUCAUCAACUUCUCCUGCUUCCAUGCGUCAUAUGCUAAAUCACCAGGUUGGAGGCCAGCGUAUAAAUACUAUAACAUGUGGCUAUCUCUGUUCGGUGCUGUGCUUUGCUGUGGUGUGAUGUUUGUGAUAAACUGGUGGGCGGCUCUGCUCACUUACGGCAUUGAGUUCUUCCUCUAUAUCUACGUUACUGUAAAGAAACCGGAUGUCAACUGGGGUUCGUCCACUCAAGCGGUGACAUUCAUAAACGCUGUGAACAAUGCUUUGACUUUAUCAGGCGUAGACGAUCACAUCAAGAACUUUCGACCGCAGUGUCUGGUCCUGACAGGAUCUCCAAGAACCAGACCAGCGCUGCUGGACAUCGCACAUUCAUUCACGAAGAAUUAUGGGCUAUGUCUAACCUGUGAGGUGUUUGUGGGUCAGCGCAAUAAACAUCUGCAGGAAAUCAGUGAUGCUGUUGAACAGAAUCAGCUGUGGCUAAAUAAACACAAGCGGAAAGCUUUCUAUACGGCUGUCGCCAGUGACAACCUGCGAGAUGGAGCAGAAACGCUGCUGCAGGCAUCAGGUCUCGGCAGAAUGAAGCCUAACACUGUAAUGGUGGGAUUUAAGCGUGACUGGAGAACAGCCAAACCACAGGACAUUCAGAGCUAUGUGGGAAUUCUACAUGAUGCAUUUGAUUUCGAGCAGGGGUCAGUAAUAUUGAGGAUCAGUCAAGGGAUGGACAUCUCACACAUACUCAAAGCAGAAGAGGAAAUGGAGCGUCUGAUCAUGGAGCAGCAAGUACUGGAGAUGGAGGAGAAUGACUUUCAGGCACAGGGAAUAAAAGGGUUCUUCAAGAGGCCCAAAAAAGCCUCCAAAGAAGAGCUGACCAGCAGAGUUUCUCUGGAUAUUCCCCAAGCAUUAGAUCUGGCUAAGAUGAACCAGCGUUUGGUGGAGGCCAGCAGCCAGUUUAAAAAGAAGCAGGACAAAGGGACAAUUGACGUGUGGUGGCUGUUCGAUGACGGAGGUCUAACGUUGUUGCUGCCUCACAUUCUGACCACACGAAAGAAAUGGAAGGACUGCAAACUGCGAAUCUUCUUCCCUGGGCAGUCUGAACGAAUCGAGCAGGACAAAGAGGAAAUGCAUUCCCUUCUGAAGAAAUUCAGGAUCAAAUGUGACGAUAUCAAAGUUUUUACAGACAUCAAUGUCAGGCCCAGUGCUGAGAGCUGGAAAGCAUUUAAAGACAUGAUCGAGCCGUUUCGUAUGCAUGAGGGAUCAAAGGAGACGACUCAAGCUGAAGCUCUGAAAAAAGAACAUCCCUGGAAGAUCACUGAUGCUGAACUUGAGGCCUUUGAAGAUAAGACAAACCUGCAGGUGCGUUUGAACGAGCUUCUUCAGGAGAGCUCUCGAGCUGCUAAACUCAUCGUGGUGAGUAUGCCCAUCGCCCGUAAAGGCUCCGUGUCUGAUCAUCUGUAUAUGGCCUGGCUGGACGCACUCACGAAGAAUCUACCACCAACCGUCCUGAUUCGGGGAAACCACAAGAGUGUGCUGACCUUCUAUUCAUGAACAGCACAAAAACCCCACAAACUCUAUAAUAAACACCAACUCUUAAUGCACAGACACUGUCAACACACAAAGAACACAUUGGCUAUGUUCAGAACAGCAUACCACAAAACUACUAUUUCUGCAGUGUGCUUAUUGUGCAAUUAUGUGACUAAUGAAUUGGCUGAAUAUAAACUGAAUGAAUUUUCACUGCAAAUGUUCAUGACUUAUUAUUUGAAAAACAUUUUUAAACAAACUUAAAGAUGAACAAUUAACCAGUGUUGGGGAAGCUACUUUGAAACUGUAGUUUGACAAGCUACAAGCUACUCAUAAUUUUAAGUAGUUAAGCUACAGUCAAGCUACACUUUUGAAAAAGUAGUUAGCUACACUACAAGUUACUAUCAAAAGGUAGCUAGCUACAUUGAAGCUACUUAAUGAGGCAAUAUUUUUUAUGUUACUAUCAAACCAAUAAUAGUAAUAUAAAAAUGUAGACUAAUGACAUUUAUUAAUUAAUGUAUCAAUUAAAUACAUUUAAUGUGUUUAAUUAAAUAUAUUAAAUGUAUUUAAAACAUUUAAUGAAUAGUAAAGUUAUUACAGUUUAUAAUGGCCAUAAAAUAAAAUACAACAGAGAACAGCAAAAAUAACAUAAAAUAAAAACAAAAAGUUUUUUUAAACUAUACUUCACACUUUUCAGCCCUGUUGUGGCCAGGUGUAGCCUACUUCCCUAAAGAUCCAAUUUUUAUGACAAACUCUCCUUGGGCAGGCAUUUUUUGUUCUUGUCACAUAAUAUUUAGUGUGGAUAAUAUGUGAAUAAAGACUCAGGGCUUGUUUCUCCCCUCACCUGGGUGGACAUGCAAGUGCUUUACAGGUCACAUACAGAGGUUGCUUUGCAAAUAUUUGUUCGCUUUAUUCAGGUCGAAAAAAGUGGAUGGAUGGUCAUCCUAGAUCAGGGGUCGGGAACCUGAAAUUGAUGUCAAUUCUCAAAUUCUCCUGAAUUUGUAAUACAGCCUACUCCUGGUGAACAAGGUUUGAAAUUAGCGCCUGCCAAAUACAGAUUUUUUUUAUAUACUUCACGGAGUCAUACAUUACAAGAAAUUAGACACAAAGAGGUGCAUUUGAUGAAACAUGAUUAUAUUUUGAAGAACAGAUGAAAGAAAAGCUGCCAAUACACGUCUGAUUUGAUGUGUGUGCAGUGAGCUCUGCUAUUCACGAGUGCAAUGAAAGCGCUUCUCCAAAACACGCACAUGCAUAGAGUUCUGGGCCUCGUUUCACAAUGAAAGAAACAAACUUUAUUAUACUUUUAAGAACAGUCAAAAGAAAAGCUGUCAAUGCUCGUGUCUGAUUCGCUGUUUGUUCAGACACGUGCAACGGGACCCUGUCUUGUGGAACACACACAUGUAAAGAGUUAUCAAUCCAUUUUUAUCUGUUUCAUUCAACUGAAAACUGUUUGGAAGAAUAAUGUAAUCUAUGAGAAUGCUGCAAAUGAUCUCUGAUCAUCUCAUGAGGUGCUGUGAGUUUCACUUUAUUUCCACGUAGCAGUUCGCACUGACACAUUGUUAAUGCAACUCUGCAGGUUCAGUAAUAUAUACAGUGCAUCCAGAAAGUAUUCACAGCGCUUCACUUUUUCCACGUUUUGUUAUCUUACAGCUUUUUUUCCCCAAAAUUGAUUAAAUUAAUUAUUUUCCUCAAAAUUCUACAAACAAUACCCCAUAAUGACAACGUGAAAGACGUUUGUUUGAAAUCUUUUCAAAUGUAUAGAAAAAAAAAAAAAAGAAAAAAAUCACAUGUACAUAAGUAUUCACAGCCUUUGCUCAAUACUUUGUUGAAGCACCUUUGGCACCAAUUACAGCCUCAAGUCUUUUUGUGUAUGAUGCUACAAGCUUGGCACACCUAUUUUUGGGCAGUUUCUCCCAUUCUUCUUUGCAGGACCUCUCAAGCUCCAUCAGGUUGGAUGGGGAGCGUCAGUGGACAGCCAUUUUCAGAUCUCUCCAGAGAGUCCAAUCUGGUUCAAGUCUGGGCUCUGGCUGGGCCACUCAAGGACAUUCACAGAGUUGUCCCGUAGCCACUCCUUUGUUAUCUUGGCUGUGUGCUAAGGGUCAUUGUUAAUUAUCUUUACAUUUUUAAUUGUCUUUAGUUCUUAAUUUGCACCUGUUGCCACCUACUGAUACUUGCGUAAUGGCAAAUGGGGCUGAUGGAGAUGGUAAAUGUUUGUAUUUGGGGAAGUGGUUAUAUAUAAAAAAAUUUAAACACUUAAUUAUUUUAAUUGCUUUUUUAAUUUUGUUUAAAGUGCAAUUUGACUUUAUAAAUGUCUUUUUUCAUGUUUCGAUACAUUUCUGUAAUUUUUAAAGCAAAAUCAAUAAAGCAAAAAUAU